UUCAUUAACGUUUCAUCCAUUUAAUGUAUAGAAGGAUAUAAACGUAAUAUACUAGUGUGCAGUGUGCACAAAGCAAAUUUGAUUUGCAUUUAGCAACACCCCAAUUUUAAGAACUAAUUGGAAAGAAAGUAAAGCGACCCAGCGGCUCCGAUCUUCCUCGGCGACGGCGGCUUUCUUCCUCCGCGGCGGCGACUUUCCUCCGGUGUAAAGACCCUGUCUUUCUGACUUGUUGAAAAACCCCAUGGAUAUUGUCAAUCAGUUGCAGCGACAGUAUGUCGAUUUCUUGUCUUCUCUUUAUCGUGAGGGGCUUUUGGAUGAUCAGUUCCUGCAGAUUCAGAAGCUUCAGGAUGAGAGUAACCCUGAUUUUGUGAAUGAAGUCGUUACUCUUUUCUUUGAAGAUUCAGAGAAGCUUUUGCACAACUUGGCCAUAGCUCUGGACCAGCAGCAUGUGGAUUAUCAGAAAGUCGAUGCCUGUGUUCACCAAUUCAAGGGUAGUAGCUCCAGCAUAGGUGCUCAAAGAGUGAGGAACAUAUGUGUUUCUUUCAGAACUUGUUAUGAUGCCAAGAACUUGGAAGGGUGCUUGAGAUGCCUCCAGCAGGUGAAAGACGAAUACUACCUUGUUAAGAACAAGCUUCAGACAUUGUUCAGGCUGGAGCAACAGAUUGUAGCUGCUGGUGGAGCAAUUCCGAUUAUGGGAUAGAUGGGGUGGUUAUAUUGUCAUCAGGAAAGAAAGCUAAUGUAAAAUUUCAUUUGUCAAAGUUUAUGUGAGCACUUGCUUUAAAACAUUUUGCUUUCUUUGUGUGUUGGAGAUUAUGUUAGAUGUAGAGUCAAAACUCAAGUUUGAGAUGACACAAAUUAGGUGGAUGAAUAGAUCUUUGCUGUUUCAUGAUACAUCCCAACCUCUUUGUCGCCUUUCGUCAUAAUGAUUGGCUUACAAUUACCGACAUAAAAUAGUUAUGACUAUUAUCAUGUGAA